UGGCGCUAGAGAGUAAGCGUCAAUAAAACACAGCAGCGAUGUCAGGCAUUAUUUAUUUUGCGUGCUUCGGGAGCUAGUUUAAACGCUGAAAAUAUCCUUAUCGUUCCCUAGUUACCACCGGAAUACACCAGUUCUGCUUCUCUCGGGCUCUGUUAGUCAUCGCCAGGCGCUGAAGUCCCUGUCGUGCUUUCAGAAAGCUGUUCGUGGUGUUAUCUGUGUAGUGGGAGGUGUGCGCGCGUCUCAAGGAGCUCCAGGAGGACUGAAGAUAUUUUUUAAUGGACAUAUUUUAAUAUUUAUCCAUCUGCUCGAUACGGUAAGCGUUAUAUUUAACUGACAACUUAUAAUAUUGCAAUAUACCCCCGACGGAUCUUCGAAGCGCCUCGCUUCCCUAAAUCUGCUGCGCGCUUUGACGCUUGGAUAAGCUGGAGGACAGCGACUCCAUACUGGACCACGGAGAGAAGAUUUGUUUGAUGUCCUCGUGAGGAAACCGAGCUGAAGAUGUGGGUGAACCCUGAGGAGGUGUUGCUGGCCAGCGCGCUGUGGAUGACAGAGAGAGCGAAUCCCUAUUUCAUCCUGCAGAAGAGAAAGGGCCACGGAGACGGCGGAGGAGGACUCGCGGGUCUGCUGGUUGGCACCCUUGACGUGGUGCUGGACUCGAGCGCCCGUGUGGCCCCAUACAGGAUCCUCUACCAGACCCCCGAUUCCCUGGUUUACUGGACCAUCGCCCACGGGAGCUCUCGUAAGGAGGUCACGGAGAACUGGGAAUGGCUGGAGCAGAAUCUGCUGCAGACGCUCUCCAUCUUCGAGAAUGAGAAUGACAUCACUACCUUCGUCAAGGGCAAAAUACAGGGCAUUAUCGCCGAAUACAACAAAAGCCAUGAAAUCAGAGAGGAUGAUGACACAGAUAAGUUUAAGGAGGCCAUCGCUAAGUUCCGCAAGCUCUUCGUCAUGCCGGAGGAGGAGAAGCUGGUGAACUAUUACUCCUGCAGCUACUGGAAGGGCAAGGUGCCUCGGCAGGGCUGGCUGUACCUCAGCAUCAACCACCUCUGCUUUUACUCCUACCUGCUCGGGAAAGAGGCUAAGCUGGUGAUCCGCUGGGCUGACGUGACUCAGCUGGAGAAGAACGCCACGCUGCUGCUGCCGGACAUGGUGCGUGUCAGCACACGCUGCAGCGAGCACGUCUUCUCCGUCUUCAUCAACAUCAACGAGACCUUCAAACUCAUGGAGCAGCUCGCCAACAUAGCCAUGAGACAGCUGCUGGACAACAAGGGCUUCGAGCAGGACCGCUGUCUGCCCAAACUCAAGAAGAAUUCGCCCAAGAAAGUGUCGGCCCUCAAAAGGGACUUGGACGCCAGGGCUAAAAGCGAGCGAUACCGGGCGCUUUUCCGCCUGCCGAAAGACGAGAAAUUGGACGGUCACACAGACUGCACACUAUGGACCCCCUUCAACAAGAUGCACAUCCUUGGACAGAUGUUCGUCUCCACUAAUUACAUCUGCUUCACCAGUAAAGAGGAGACCAUCUGCAGCCUGAUUAUCCCGCUCAGAGAGGUGACCAUCGUUGAGAAAGCCGAUAGCUGUAACGUCCUUCCCAGCCCCUUGUCAAUCAGCACCAAAAACAAAAUGACUUUCCUUUUUGCCAACCUCAAAGACCGGGACUUCCUGGUGCAGAGGAUCUCGGACUUCCUGCAGCAGACCACCUCCAAAAUCUACUUUGAGCGGGAGAUCACGGGCAGCCUCAGCAGCUCAGACGACGAGGCUAAAGAGUUUCUGAAGGAGCAGGCCUGGAAGAAUCACUUCACCGAAUACGGCCAGGGAGUGUGUAUGUAUCGCACAGAGAAGACCAAAGAGCUGGUGCUGCAGGGCAUCCCAGAGAACAUGAGAGGAGAGCUCUGGCUCCUGUUUUCUGGGGCGAUUAACGAGAUGGCCACUCAUCCCGGUUAUUAUGAGGAUUUGGUGGAGAAGUCGAUGGGGAAAUAUAAUCUGGCCACAGAGGAGAUCGAGAGAGACCUGCACCGCUCUCUUCCAGAGCAUCCGGCCUUUCAGAACGAGAUGGGCAUCGCUGCCCUGCGUCGAGUCCUCACUGCGUACGCCUUCCGCAACCCCAACAUCGGCUACUGCCAGGCCAUGAACAUCGUGACCUCCGUCCUGCUGCUGUACGCUAAAGAGGAAGAGGCCUUCUGGCUCCUGGUGGCCUUAUGUGAGCGCAUGCUUCCCGACUACUACAACACCAGAGUCGUAGGUGCUUUGGUGGACCAGGGUGUGUUUGAGGAGCUGGCUCACGUCUACGUUCCUCAGCUGUACGACUGCAUGCAGGCGCUGGGUGUCAUCUCCACCAUCUCUCUGUCCUGGUUCCUCACACUCUUCCUGUCCGUCAUGCCCUUCGAGAGCGCCGUGGUGGUGGUCGACUGCUUCUUCUACGAGGGCAUCAAGGUCAUCUUUCAGCUAGCGCUGUCGGUGCUCGACGCUAACAUCCAUCAGCUGCUGGGCUGCAAAGAUGACGGAGAAGCCAUGACCAUCCUGGGCAGGUAUCUGGACAAUGUGACUAAUAAGGACAGCACUCUUCCUCCAAUCCCUCAUCUUCACUCUCUCCUGACGGAUAACGGGGAUCCUCAUCCUGAGGUGGACAUCUUCAAACUCGUGCGCAUCUCCUAUGAGAAGUUCGGCUCCAUCCGGGCGGAUGUGAUUGAGCAGAUGCGUUUCAAACAGAGGCUGAGAGUGAUCCAGGCCAUAGAAGACACCACCAAACGCAAUGUGGUGCGGACCAUCGUGACGGAGACACCCUUCAGCAUCGAUGAGCUGGAGGAGCUUUAUACACUCUUUAAGGCUGAGCAUCUGACCAGCUGUUACUGGGGCAGCACCAGUAACCCCAUGAGCCGGCACGACCCGAGCCUGCCGUACCUGGAGCAGUACCGUAUCGAUCUGGAGCAGUUUAAAGUGCUGUUUGCGCUGCUCUUCCCCUGGGCCUGCAGCACGCACGCUGACGACCUGGCCCUGCGCGUCUUCCGUCUGCUGGACCACAACACCGACGCGCUCAUAAACUUCAGAGAGUUCAUCAGCGGCCUGAGUGUCCUGUGUCACGGUGACCUGACGGAAAAACUCAAAUUUCUGUACAAGAUUCACAUACUUCCAGAGUUGCACCAUGAGCAGGAGGAGCCCGACUCGGCGUGUGAAGCUACGCAGUAUUUUUUUGAGGACAUCACCCCAGAGACCUCCAGCGGCCUCGACCAAAAGAACAGAGCCGAGAAGGACGAUGGUUUUGUCGGAGUCACUUUUAAAAGUGAAAAAGUUAAGAAAAUGCACACUCCGGAUUAUCGGAUGUACCUGUGCCUGUGGAACCAGGAGACCAAAGCAAAGUUAGAGAACAUGAAGGAUCUGCCCAAACUCAACCAGGUACAUCAGAAGACCAACUAA